AUACUUAAAAAAUCUCAAUAGCAACUAGUACUAACAAUUUGACACACUUGAUAAGUUUUAUUCAUCUUAGUAGUGUGUGGUUUUUUCAUAUUGUGUCAAGAUGAGUGAUAGUAAAGUAGUUGAAGCAAAACCUCAAAAAAACCUUCAAGAUUUCGAUCCUAAGAAGAAACCUAAGCGAAACAAGUAUGCUUUUGCUUGUGCUAUGUUAGCUUCCAUGACUUCCAUUUUACUUGGAUACGAUAUUGGUGUUAUGAGUGGAGCUGCAAUCUACAUAAAAAGAGAUCUUAAAGUAUCCGACACACAGAUUGAGGUUAUGAUGGGAAUCAUUAACAUCUACUCUCUCGUAGGUUCCUGUCUUGCCGGAAGAACCUCCGAUUGGAUUGGUCGCCGUUACACCAUCGUUUUCGCCGGUGCUAUCUUCUUCGUUGGAGCCUUACUCAUGGGUUUCUCACCAAACUACGCUUUCCUCAUGUUUGGCCGUUUCAUUGCCGGAAUCGGCAUCGGCUACGCCCUCAUGAUCGCCCCGGUUUACACCGCUGAAGUCUCCCCCGCUUCCUCUCGCGGCUUCCUCACCUCCUUUCCAGAGGUUUUCAUAAACAGUGGAAUAUUACUCGGCUACGUAUCAAACUAUGCAUUUUCAAAACUAUCACUUCAAAUAGGCUGGAGAAUGAUGCUUGGAGUAGGAGCAAUUCCUUCUGUAAUCCUGGCCGUUGGAGUGCUAGCCAUGCCAGAGUCACCUCGAUGGCUCGUAAUGCGAGGCCGUUUAGGCGACGCAAUAAAAGUACUCAACAAAACCUCAGACUCCAAAGAAGAGGCUCAAUUAAGAUUAGCCGAGAUAAAACAAGCCGCCGGAAUACCGGAAGACUGCACCGACGAAGUUGUUGAAGUUAAAAACAAGAACACCGGUGAGGGUGUAUGGAAAGAGCUUUUCAUUUACCCUACACCCGCAGUUCGUCAUAUUGUUAUAGCUGCACUAGGGAUUCAUUUCUUCCAACAAGCAUCCGGCAUAGACGCUGUCGUUUUGUACAGUCCGAAAAUCUUUCAAAAAGCUGGGAUCAAAGGUGAUACUAAUCUCCUUCUUGCAACAAUAGCAGUUGGAUUUGUGAAGACAGUGUUCAUCUUAGUGGCUACUUUCAACCUAGACAAAUUCGGUCGUCGUCCGAUGUUGUUAACAAGUGUGGGAGGCAUGGUGAUCUCGCUUCUCACACUCGCUGUCAGCCUCACGAUCAUUGAUCAUUCGGAGAAGAAACUGAUCUGGGCCAUUGGAUUGAGUAUAGCCACUGUUUUGUCUUAUGUUGCGACUUUUUCGAUAGGUGCGGGACCAAUCACGUGGGUGUAUAGUUCUGAGAUAUUUCCUUUGAGAUUGAGGGCGCAAGGUGCGGCUAUGGGUGUGGUGGUGAAUAGGGUUACUAGUGGGGUUAUUUCUAUGACGUUUUUGUCGUUGGAAAAAGCGAUUACUAUUGGUGGAGCUUUUUUCCUAUUUGGAGGGAUUGCUACCAUUGCGUGGAUAUUCUUUUAUAUCAUGCUUCCUGAGACACAGGGGAAAACGCUUGAAGAAAUGGGAGAAAGUUUUGGGAAAAUUUGGGCCAAACCGAAGAAUGGUAAGGGGGUUGAGAAUGAUAAUAAUCGUGUGUCACAGGUUCAGUUAGGGACUAAUGUGUCAACUUAAGUAUACUAUAUAAAUGUCAUAUAUUAUCAGGGGUGAUGUAUAAUUAUAUAAUAUAUAGUGGUGUUGAGUAUUUUAGAGGGAUGGAGUGAUGGAUUUUAUUUAUGAGAGAGAAAGAUAUAUUGAACAUGAGGUGGAUCUUGAGAUUAGUAGAAACCAUUUUAGUGGAUCUACCAAAUUGUUUAAUGUGUCAUUCUUUUCUUAUGAAUCUGAGCCUCUAGAGAAUCUGCAUCUGUUUUAGAGUAGCUCUUUUUUAAGAAAAACUUGUAUGGAAAAAAAAAUUCACAACACAUUUUAAUGAUAACAAAAAAAAAAACAAAAUGAG